CUUACUAGCAAGUACUCGGGCCACUGGCAUUUGGACCAGACCAAUAUCGGCAGCGGUUACAGGUCAAUGAGCAACUGGCGGAGACUCGACGACUCAUUUGUUCAGGCUGCUGAGCAGUCCGGCGUGGCGGUUGACCUUCUCGAGCGGCUGUUGCCUCGCGACAUUGUGCUCUGGUGCGACCCGUACAACGUCACCUACAGAAUCGGAGACUAUGGGACAGUUUACACAGUGUACGAGGACAAA